CCCGGUCAUGGCGGCGCCCCUCAGCGUCCUCGGCCGCGUGGAGUGCCCGGUGACCCGGGCCCGCUUCUGCCGCCUUCAGCUCCCGCACCAGGUGGUGGACACCCCGGUCUUCAUGCCGGUCGGCACCCAGGGCACGCUGAAGGGGAUCGCGGUGCCGCAGCUGGAGGCGCUCGGGUGUCAGAUCUGCCUGGGCAACACCUACCACCUGGGCAUGCGGCCGGGCCCGGAUUUGAUCGCAAAAGCAAAUGGGCUGCAUGGAUUCAUGAACUGGAAAAGAGCAUUGCUGACGGACAGCGGUGGAUUCCAAAUGGUGUCUUUGGUGGAGUUGGCAGAAGUCACGGAAGAAGGGGUGCGCUUUUGUUCCCCUUAUGAUGGGAAGGAGAUUCUACUGUCACCAGAGAAGUCGAUUGAAAUUCAGAAUGCACUAGGUUCAGACAUCAUGAUGCAGUUGGACGAUGUCGUGAGCAGUACCGUGACUGGUCCCAGAGUGGAAGAAGCCAUGUUCAGGUCUAUCCGCUGGUUGGAUCGCUGCAUUGCAGCAAACAAGAAUCCCAAGCAGCAGAACCUGUUUGCAAUAAUUCAGGGUGGCCUGGAUGCUGAACUCCGCAAGAAAUGUCUGGAAGAGAUGAUCAAACGUGAUAUCCCUGGUUUUGCUAUCGGAGGACUGAGUGGUGGCGAGGAGAAGGACCAUUUCUGGAGAAUGGUGUUGCUUAGCACAGACUACCUGCCACAGGAGAAGCCGCGAUACUUGAUGGGAGUGGGGUAUGCAACGGACCUCGUGGUUUGUGUGGCUCUCGGCUGUGAUAUGUUUGAUUGUGUGUUCCCCACACGAACAGCGCGGUUUGGAUCAGCACUUGUCCCCUGGGGAUCUCUGCAGCUGAAAAACAGACAAUAUGCCAAGGAUUUUAAGCCUAUUGAUGAGGACUGCACCUGUCCUACAUGCAAGAGGUAUACACGAGCAUAUCUCCACGCCUUAUUCAAGAGUGAUACAGCUGCCCUCCACCACAUCACAAUCCACAAUGUCGCCUACCAGUUGAAUCUGAUGAGCUCGAUCCGUGACAGCAUUCAACAAAAGAGAUUCCCGGCCUUUAUUCAGCAGUUCAUGAAGAGGAUGUAUGGAAGUGCAGAUAAAUACCCACGCUGGGCUGUAGAAGCACUCAGUGCUGUCAAUGUUAGAUUGGACUAGAAGCUGUGAAAGCAGGAAGCCCCAACUUGCUGAGAAAGUUACGGGCUGCCCGAGAGGUAUCCAAGCAUACGUGGUGCUGCAUUUGCUCAUGUCUUAUCAGAAUCUAUGUAAUAUUUUUAAGCAAUAAAUUCAGUUUUUUACAAAAAUAAAAAGCAUUU